AUGUCAAACCUCUACAUAUUAUACGAACAUGCAUCAGGCUAUGCAUUAUUUCGUGUUCGUGAAUUCGAAGAAAUCGGUAUGAGUUUACCUCAGGUUGAAGCAAGUGUAGUCGACUUGUCCAAGUUCGCUACGGUUGUUAAACUCGUGGCAUUUCACCCAUUUCAAUCUGGUGUUAAUGCACUCGAUAAUAUCAAUGCAGUUUCUGAAGGUUUGGUGCAUGAUGAUCUUCGAACAUUUCUCGAUACGAAUCUACCAAAAGAGAAGAAACGUGCUAAAAUGAGUCUUGGUGUGGCUGAUACACGUAUUGCAUCUGCGGUCAAUGAACUUUUCUCGAUUACAUGCCAACAUACGGGUGUUGUGCCUGAACUUUUACGAGGUCUUCGAUUACAUUUUCCAAAUUUAGUCAAAGGUCUCACAGAUCAAAAUCAGAACAAAGCCCAACUUGGUCUAGGUCAUGCAUAUUCACGUGCAAAAGUUAAGUUCAAUGUCAAUCGUGUGGACAACAUGAUUAUUCAAUCGAUUGCACUACUCGAUCAACUCGAUAAAGAUAUCAAUACAUUUGCAAUGCGUAUUCGAGAAUGGUAUGGAUAUCAUUUUCCAGAAUUAAUCAAGAUCGUACCAGAUAACUACACAUAUGCCCGUGUUGUUCAUUUGAUUAAAAACCGAAAAGAAUUCUCAAAUGAUCGAGAAGAAGAACUAGAAGCGAUUACAAUGGACAGUGGUAAAACAGCUGCUGUUUUUGAAGCAAUGAAAACAACAAUUGGUAUGGAUAUUUCACCAAUUGAUUUAAUCAAUAUCGAAUCAUUUGCUAAUCGGGUUAUUCAUUUAUUUGAAUAUCGAAAGAGUUUACAGGAAUAUCUACGAAGCAAAAUGGGACAAGUAGCUCCCAAUUUAGCGAUGUUAAUUGGUGAACAGGUCGGUGCUCGUCUUAUUGCUCAUGCUGGUAGUUUGACAAAUUUGGCCAAAUAUCCAGCGUCAACCAUCCAAAUCUUAGGUGCUGAAAAAGCUCUCUUUCGAGCAUUGAAAACCAAAGGUAACACUCCAAAAUAUGGUCUUAUCUAUCAUUCAUCACAUAUUGGCAAAGCUAAUACACAAAAUAAAGGUCGUAUUUCACGAUAUCUUGCCAACAAAUGUGCGAUUGCAUCACGUAUCGAUUGUUUCUCCGAGAUUCCAACGUCUAUUUUUGGUGACCGUUUGAAACAGCAAGUCUCCGAUCGAUUGAAAUUCUACGAUAGCGGAGAAUUGCCUCCUAAGAACGUCGACGUCAUGCAAUUGGCUUUACAAGAGGCUGAAACUGAACGGGAAGAAAUUUUAGCCAAAGAAAAGAAACGAAAGAAGAAAGAGAAGAAACGUCGAAAAGAAGCCGAAGCUGCAGCUAACGGAAACGGCACUGUUGCGCUCGAAGAAGGAGUUAACAAUAUGGAAGUGGCUUAA